AUGGGACGAGGAGGACGUGGACGAGGCAGAGGUGGUGGAGGCGGUGGAAGAGGUCGCGGACGAGGCCGUGGCGGCGGUGGCGGUGGCGGCAAUGGUGGUUGCAGAAAUUUUGUCGACGACCGACAGUCCUUCGACCAAGUCAACAAGACCAACGAGAAAUUCGAGCGCUUCUACAACACCCUCAAUCUUGUCCCAGCUGGAGAGGAGCGAGAUGCUUUCUGGACCAAGCUGCGCAGCGAACUGCCGAACUCAUUCCGCUUCACUGGAUCGAAGGGACACGCACGUGGUGUCCGCGACAACCUCGUCAACCGCUUCUUCCCACUGAUUAAGGAGAUCAAGCACGAUGGACGCCCGGUGGAGCUACCAAAGCAGAUUGCCUGGUAUCCUGAGGGUCUCGGCUACCGCAUGGCAACGCCAAAGAACGUCAUCCGAAAGUACGAGCCAUUCAAAGAGUUUCAGAAGUUCUUGGUGAGUGAAACUGGUGUGGGCAACAUAAGCAGGCAGGAGGAGGUCAGCAUGAUCCCACCACUUCUGUUAGACGUACAGCCGCAUCACACAGUUCUGGACCUUUGUGCAGCGCCAGGCAGCAAGAGCGCACAACUUGUCGAGCUCAUUCACGCGGGUGAGGAGGACCGGGUCGAUCGCGCGAUCAGGCAGGCCAAGGGCGAGAAGCAGGAUGGUGUGCAGCUGAGCGACAGCAACAUGACAGACGGCGGUCGUGCAACGGGUAUGCUCGUCGCAAACGACGUCAACUAUCAACGAGCUCAAAUGCUUGUCCAUCAAGUCAAACGACUCAACUCGCCGAACUUGGUUGUCACGAACCACGACGCGACCAUGUUCCCCUCGAUCGAGCUGCCUCCGGAGACGCUAGCAGGAGGCCAAAAGCGAGGCAGAUAUCUGAAAUUCGAUCGUGUUUUAGCCGAUGUGCCCUGCAGUGGAGACGGCACAUGCAGAAAGAAUCCCAGCAUCUGGAAGGAGUGGACACCACAGAACGCUCUUGGGCUCUAUCAGACACAAGUCAGGAUCCUGACACGAGCACUGCAAAUGACACAAGUUGGCGGUCGAGUGGUUUACAGCACCUGCAGCAUGAACCCCGUCGAGGAUGAAGCCGUGGUGGCAUCAGCCAUUGAGAGAUGCGGUGGCUCCACCAAGGUGAAGAUCGUGGACUGCUCAGACAGACUACCAGGUCUUGUCCGCAACCAGGGUCUCAAGGACUGGAGCAUCAUGAACCGCAACGGCCAGAUAUACGAGUCUUGGGCGGAAGCGGAAGGAUUCGAAGACGAGCAAAGUCGGAUAGUACCGGGUAUGUUCGCUCCAGGACCAGAAGAAAAUAUCCCACUCGAGCACUGCAUGCGCGUGUACCCACACCAGCAGGACACUGGCGGCUUCUUCAUCGUUGCACUCGAGAAAUUGAGCGAGAUCAAGGCGAAGCCAGAAAAUCAGAGCAAGUCUGCGAACAGGAAAUGGGUCUUCACAGAGCCAGAGGUCCCAACUGAGACAGCUUUCACCGAACUUCUCGAUGAAGUGUCGAACAGCGAGCCAAAGGAACCCGUCACUGUACCAGAGCUUCACAAUGGGGAGACAUCUGCUGCACAGAGGCAGAACGAGCCCGAUGAUGCAUCUUCCGCCACAAGUCUCAAGAGAUCCGCACCUGCUGAGGACGACACUGCCGCGACGAAGAAACCAAAGCUCGAGGGUGUAGACACUGGCCGCGCGGAACACGUUUCAGUUCCACCUGCAGUAGCUCUGGCUGUCGAGGUAAGUGGAGCAGAGCCUGGCAACCAGACUGUGACCAACAGCGCGCCAGCACAACCAAAGCGGCGAAAGGACGACCCAACGAGCGACGAAGCUUUCAAGUUCAUAAUACCGGAGCACCCUGAGCUUGUUUCCAUCUACAACUUCUACGAGCUACACCCAUUGUUCCCUCGAGACCGGUUCUUGGUCCGAAAUCCUGCAGGAGAUCCAGUGAAGGGCAUCUACUACUCUUCACAGCUUGUCAAGGACAUCCUGAUUACCAACGACAAGCGUGGUAUGAAGUUCGUCCAUGCUGGCGUGAAAAUGUUCAUGAAGCAAGACGCACAAGGCCAAGACAUCUGCAGGUGGCGCAUACAGACAGAAGGCCUCCCCAUCAUCGAAGGUUGGGUUGGCGAAAGACGAGUCAUCAGACUGCAGAAGAAGGCCACUCUGCGCAAGCUUCUGGUCGAGAUGUUUCCCAAAGUCGCCACAACCAAGCACGAAGACGGCACCGAAAGUGGAGGCUGGAAAGAUCUCGGUGAGAUUGGCGAGCAAGUUCGUGACAUGAGCAUGGGCUGCUGCGUGUUACGCGUGGAAGCUUCGGAAGAUGGCAGCGAAGACGGGUUUAAGGAGCCCUUGACGCUGCCGCUUUGGAAGAGCAUGGCCAGUGUCAAUCUUAUGCUGCCAAAGGAGGAUCGACGAGCGAUGCUGCUCAGAAUCUACAACGAAGAUGUGGAGCUCAUCAACCACAGCGAUCCGAAGCAGCAAGCUCGUAAUGCACAAAAGCAGAACGGCGGCAGUAUACCGGCCGAGAACGACGCGAAAGAGCUUCAGCAGAAGUUCAAGGACGAGUCCAAUGCGGACGUAGCUACGACCGCUGUCGAUGAUGCCAGUGGUCUUCCUAUAUCUGACGAGGGUGCUAUGGCACUUGAGCAGGACGCGCUGGCCAAGGAAGACAAGCUCGAGUCGAAGCGGAUGGAGGGUAUCGAGAACGAGGACCAGAAGAUUCAUGAUGCUAUGCCAGAACGCGCAGGCGAGGGUGACUCAGCCAACACUACUGUAUAA